UGAAACUCACACUGAGUGUGCUAUUGACCCCGCUAUGACUUUCACCUUUUCUUUCCCUCACUUUCUCCUUUCUCACUCUUCUUUGCUACAGUUUGAGGUGUUUUUCCACAGAAACUCCUCCAAACUGAGCACCCCCUGUAACUUUGUCCCUGCUGUUUUUUUUGUUUUUUUUUCUAACUUGCUAUCUGGUCUCUUGACUGCCCAGGAAGGUGUGUAUUGUUUGUACAAGUUAAGCUGCACUGGGAACACACUUGUUGUGUACAAAAAAAAAGUAUGCACACUUUAUGACAAAACAAGUGCAUUUAAACACAUGGAGAGUCUUGUGCUGACAUGACAUAAAUCCCUCUAGUGGUUACUCCCAGGCAGAAUUUCCUAAGGUCCUCUCACUGUGACACAAACAUCAGGAAGUUUAAACAUUUCCUGCCCCUUUUUUUGCCUCUUUCUGCAUCUCUAAGCAGAAAACCCUCGAAGGCCUGUAAAACCAGAUUUCCCAUCAUAUAACUCUCAGUCCAGGAACGUUACUGAAGGUGAACAAUCCGGUUAAGGAGCUGUUCAUCCCAUUAUUUUUUGGUCUUCAAUGAACAAAUGGUGGAUACUUGAUAAAGCAGGAUCCCCAAACUGAUUGGAUGGUUAAGUCAGAAUGACAGCUGAAGAUCCUGCUGCUUCUUCAACAAUGAGCAAUAACGCUGCCCACGCUAAACCCUCCGCUGCCUCCCACCAUUCUCUCCAUGGACACAUGAACAUCCCAGAGGGGGUUGCAGGAGCCUCCAAUGAAGCUGCACUGGUGGCCUUGAUGGAGCGCACUGGCUACAGUAUGGUACAGGAAAAUGGUCAACGCAAAUAUGGCCCCCCUCCAGGCUGGAACAGCCCAUCUCCUCCUCGAGGAUGUGAAAUCUUUGUUGGGAAAAUCCCAAGAGACGUUUAUGAGGACGAGUUAGUCCCAGUGUUUGAGUCAGUAGGCCGCAUCUACGAAAUGCGUCUCAUGAUGGACUUCGAUGGCAAAAACCGAGGGUAUGCAUUUGUGAUGUACACAGAGAAACAUGAGGCCAAAAGAGCUGUGCGGGAGCUAAAUAACUAUGAGGUGCGGCCUGGUCGUCUGCUGGGGGUCUGUUCUUCUGUGGAUAACUGCCGUCUUUUCAUUGGUGGCAUUCCCAAGACAAAGAAGCGUGAAGAGAUCCUGGAGGAAGUCUCCAAAGUGACAGAAGGGGUAUUAGAUGUGAUAGUUUAUGCCAGUGCUGCAGACAAGAUGAAGAACCGAGGCUUUGCCUUUGUAGAGUACGAGUCGCAUCGUGCAGCUGCUAUGGCUCGCAGGAAGUUGAUGCCUGGCCGUAUUCAGCUGUGGGGCCACCAGAUCGCUGUGGACUGGGCUGAACCAGAAAUUGAUGUAGAUGAAGAUGUGAUGGAGACCGUCAAGAUCCUCUAUGUUAGAAAUCUAAUGAUGGAGACAAAUGAAGAGACAAUCAGACAGAUCUUCAGCCAGUGGAACCCUGGAUGUGUUGAGCGCGUAAAAAAGAUCCGUGACUAUGCUUUUGUCCACUUCACAUCACGGGACGAUGCUGUGCAGGCAAUGGACAACCUGAAUGGCACAGAGAUCGAGGGGUCCUGCAUCGAGGUGACGCUCGCCAAACCGGUAGAUAAAGAGCAGUACUCCCGCCAGAAGGCGUCCAAGGGGGCGGUUCCUGCCACUCCAGAAACCACGCAGCAGAACUACGUUUACCAGUGUGACCCCUACACAUUGGCCUACUAUGGUUAUCCCUACAGCACCCUCAUUGGACCCAACAGGGACUACUUUGUGAAAGGAACCCCAAUGAUACAGAACAAUGCAGGUACUGUGAGAGGUCGUGGCCGUGCCGCUGCAGGUAAUCGUACCCCUGGACCGCGAGGGUCAUACCUUGGGGGUUACUCUGCCGGUCGUGGCAUCUACAGCCGCUAUCACGAGGGCAAGACCAAGCAGCCCGAAAAGCCCUAUGAGCUGGUGAACAGUCUGGAGCUUGCUGCCUCCGUCAACCCAGUUGGCAUCAAACCUGGCACAAUGGCUUUGCCAGCUCUGGGUGCACAGUACCCAGUGUUCAGCGCCACUCCUGCGCCCAAACUGAUUGAGGACGGGAAGGUGCACACAGUGGAGCAUCUCAUCAACCCUUUGACCAUCCAACACCCCGAACACACCACUGCCACCGCUGCCGCCACAGUCCUGCCUGCAGUGUCCACUCCUCCUCCAUUCCAGGGUCGUCCCAUCACUCCUGUCUAUGCCAUGGCCCACAAUGUUCAGCGCAUCCCCACGGCUGCCGGCCUGUACGGACCGGGCUACGUCCCCAUCACAAACUACACGGCCAACACGGCUGCUCUGGCUGCCCUGCAGAAAAACGCAGCCAUGACCGCCGCUGCAUACGGAAGUUACGCCGGCUACGCCGUGCCGCAGCCCUUCCCCGCGGCCGCCUUUCAGCUGCCCAUCCACGACGUCUACCAGACAUACUGACCCCGACCAAGAAACCCCAGGGUGUGACUGAACGACAUCGCAACAGUGCCUGUUCCUUGAAACAUCUCUCUGGACUCGAGCUCUGAAGGAAUUUGGUAGGAGCAAAGAAGUGACAAACCAGACUUCUCCCUCUCUCGUCUCCAUGAACCCUGAAAGGUGUCUGCGGGGUUAGAUAGAACGGUUUUGCAGUGAAUAUAUCCUUACAAAAUCCUCUUCUCCAAACAAUAGCAUAACUCCACCAUUUUGUUGGGAACACUGAAGGUACAUUUAAGUAUUUAUGACGAGAAGAUACGUAUUUAAGAGUUUGUUCUAUGUAGGUCUCUCAUUUAUUUGUAUUAGUUUUUAUUCCAAAACAGACCUUUACACUGCCUUUUAAAGUGUAAGAACGAGAAGACAAAAACACAGAAAGAUAGAAACAAUCGGAAGGACGUAAAACAAAGCAGGAACUACUGAUAAGACGAUGCUACUAACUUUGGAAAUAUUCAUGUUUUGUAGUUGUUUUUGUAUUCAUUUGUGGUAUGUUAGCCAGUUUUGCGUGCUGUAGGGGAUUCUGUCCGUCCAUGUUGGUUGAAUGUUUAUACUUAUUUUCACUUAGCUUCAGCAGUUUUUUGGUUUUCUUAAAUGAAGGUUUUAGGUGUUUUUUUCUCAACUUUAACUAGUUUUUUUGGCCUAUAUUGUUGGUUUAUUUUGUUGAUAGCUUGUUAUGACAGAAUCCACGAGAGCUUAAAAGAUAUAUAUAUAUAUAAAUAUAUAUAUGAAACAUGUACACUAGCUGUAUUUUUAGAAACCAACCACUCCUGGAAGGCUUAAGGAGGUGUCCCCCUGGCUUUAGAGCUGACCUGAUAGGGGACCAAUAGACUGAAUUGUUUGUUUUUAUCUUUUUUUUAAGUUUCUUUGUCGUUUUAAUUGGAUUCCCUCUCGAGAGGUGAACAAACAUAGACAGAAGGUUGGAGGUAUUUUCUGUGUGGGCUAGGGGGCGCCAUCGCUGGAGCAGCUUCCAUGUUUUCCAGUGCUAAACAUCCUUUUUACCACACUCCAGGCUGAUGACCCUGACUUACAAACUCCUUUGUGUCUUGACUUAAGUGCCAAUCGCCGUACUCUGUGCCUGCGUAGAAGUGAAGACUUCCAUUAGUGCCCUAGGAUUUACACACAAUAACCUUAACUUUUAGGAUUUGUGCUGAGAACAAAAGUCUCACAUGUCCGAAUUCCUUCCCUACUCACUAAGUGCACUAUUUAGUGUGUUUGCCAAUUUAUAGUGCUGUUCGAAUCUAAAAUUCCAAAAUCAAGUGCCCUAGAAAUUUCCCAGAAGUCUUUGCCUAAAAACAGUGUUUUUUUCUUAUUGUCAAAAUGCAGCACAAACAAAAAAUAAUACAAGACAUUCCAAAUAAUGAGCCAAUUCUGACAAUUAUAAAAUAAUGAACUUUAAUUUGACAGGGGGUAACAAAUGACAGGGGAGAGAAAGAGAUAAAAAAAAGAUAAAAAUAACUAAAUAAUUAAUAAAAAGACCAAGCUUCCACUGUCUUAAGAGCUUUCUUAUUCGUACAGGUUUCAAUAUUCUUAAUAUAUUCUUAGAUUUAUGAAUGUAAUAUCUAGCUCUAAUUUUUAAUAAAUUAAUCAAACAUAUUUAUUCAGAAUUAACCUUUUCUGCAAAAAAACAGUGCAUCGAUGUUAACUGCAUUGACUAAUAUGCAACACAAAGCAUUGCGUUUGAACAAUUUUUGAGCCCAAAAAUCUGUUUAAAUGUAAUUUUUUAACACAAAAUAUCCAUUUUCAUCAUCAGAACACAGCAGAUUCAUAAGUAGACGUAAAAUAUUCAUAUCGAUUCGAUUUUUGCUUUGCAAAAUCGGUGACGCCAUAUCUGUCAUUUAGGAAAAAACAGUAUUGAGCAUGAUGUCUGAGUUGCUUUUAAAAUCCCGGGCACUAUAUAGUUUUUUAGUAGCUAGGGUUUAGGGUGGGAAUUCGGACAUUUUGAAAUUUCUUCAGUUCAGUAAAAUGUUCAGUUUGAAAAACAAAAAAUAUUAAAUGUUUGCUUUCAAAAUCUUUUUUUUUUAAGAAUUGAAGAAUUUUUUUAUUUCAAAUUUGCAAGUUUUUGUUCUCAACAAUAACUUCAUAAACUUUUAGUAUUACUGUGCCAUUAUGAAACCUUUUUUUUUUUUGGCAGUCAGGUGAAAUGAUGGCUGCCUCCCUCCACAGCAGUAACACUCCAUAAGCUCAUUUCUCAUCUAUUACGUCAUAUUCUGCUCGACCGAGGUGCACUUAUUUAUAACUGGAAAGAAGUCAUCACUUUCAAAUAAACAUUUUUUUAAUAUAUGUAUAAAAAGCUGAAUCUGAAAAUGUGUUGACAUCUAUGACUGUUUUCAGUGUUUUUAUGUGACCGUUGGAAACUCUUAAUGGAUGAAAAAAGCUCCUGAAUAUUUUCCCUGCACUUGUUAAAACUGCCCUGUUCUUUUUUUUUUAAAUAAUGUGUUAAAUUGGCGUUCAGUAAUAUCUCAUUUUGAAAUAUGCAUCAACUCAACCAUACAACCAGUACAAAAAAACAAAAAACAAAACGCCAAUUAUUUAUUUUUUUCCCAAUUGAGCAAUGUUUGAAGUUUUCUUCUCUCCUUGGUCUGAUUUAGUGAUUGGUCCGACAAUUUGAAACGAGUGUAUUGACAUUUAAUGUGUCUCAUCUGUUGUGUGUUCCUCCAUCUCAUACUGGAUUUUACUGCUGCAUUAUGAUGACAACAAGUCAGGAUAUAUAUUUAAUAUAUGCAUUUGUUGUGUAUGAAGUGAGAAGAAAAAGGUAUAAUAUAUUCAAAACUUCUUUUCUUUAUUUACAACAUAAGUAGGGAUAAAAAAUCCACAGUAAUAACAGUAGAAAAAUAUGUUUUUUUGUUCUUAUUUUUGCCAAAAUGUCUGACAGCCUUAGACGAUAAGGUUAACCUUGCUUUUUUUUUUAUUAUCUGUAAUAUACUUGGUGUUAAGAGUGGGAACACAAAGAAUCCUCGUGUUCAGCUAAAUUUUAGCAGCUUCAGCAAAGAUUAAAGCUGGCCCACUGAGGUGUUACAACCUGCUGGUACUUUGAACUGGUGGUGUUGCAACUCUGCGUGUUAGUCGUGUCUUAACUACUGACAGACUGAAGUCAUAUUUGUUAAAAGGCAUCAAAAAACAAAAGUGUCCUUUCUAUACUGCCUUCCACUCUAAAACGCCUGCUGUACUUUUUUUUUGUAUCUGCAUUUCAUCACACUACAGUGGAGGAUAAACGGCGUGCAUCGAUGAAGUUUUUCAUUGAGGCGUUAUCAUUUAAACUCUUCCUAGAGUGUGUGCCUUAUUGCCAACACGUUGCCUUUGCUGUACUGUUGUAGAGCUAUGCAAACUGUUUUUUUUCUAACUACAGGUUUGUUUAAAAAAAAGAAAUAAACAGCCUCAUUCCCUUUUAUUGUGCAUUAUUAUAUUUAUAGUGAAAAAGUAAGCAAAUAAAGUGUUUUUGAAAAGAUG